UGCAGAUUUUCCGCCUCUUUGGUUACUAGUUUAAAUACAGUCGGCUAGCUCGAGGUCUGGCGAUUCAUUCAAUUUGGCGGUUCGUCUGUCCGUCGCUAUUUAUUUUGAAAGUUAGCAUAUUGCUAUCCUAAAUGUUUAUUGGUAGGCACAAAAUUGGAUAAAUAAAUAUGUCGGAUCCAGCGCCUUUGGCCCAGCCGGCCGAUGUGAGCGGCACGGCUGGUCUUGGAACACCCUACCCCGUCGGCUAUCAAGCCUUUCAGCCCGAGGAUCACGGCCUAGACCGCAGCUUCAGGCUCACGGCCUUCUCCGAAAUGAAAGGAUGAGGCUGCAAGGUCCCCCAGGAGGCACUGCUCAAACUCCUGGAGGGACUGGAACCCGACCGACCGGGACCGGCAGCGGCGACGGCGGCGGGCGGUGACGGGGGUGCAGGCACAGGUGUUGGGGACGAGGCCGCGGAAUACGGGCAGCUCGCCCAGGUUGUGCAGGGCCCGCGACUGGGUAUAGGGAUGGACUGCUGUGUGAUUCCCCUUAGACACGGGGGUCUCUCUCUGGUUCAAACCACUGAUUUCUUCUACCCGCUGGUGGAAGAUCCAUAUAUGAUGGGCCGCAUCGCCUGCGCCAAUGUCCUUAGCGACUUGUAUGCAAUGGGCAUCACCGAGUGCGACAACAUGUUGAUGCUGUUGAGCGUCAGUCAGAAGAUGAACGACAAAGAACGUGAGCGAGUGAUGCCCCUGAUGAUUAAGGGAUUCCGUGAUGCUGCAGAGGAGGGCGGGACGUCAGUCACAGGUGGCCAGACCGUCGUCAAUCCUUGGAUCAUCAUUGGGGGCGUGGCCACAGUGGUGUGCCAGCCCACCGACUUCAUCAUGCCUGACAGUGCUGUGCCCGGUGACGUUCUGGUGCUGACCAAACCCCUCGGCACUCAGGUGGCCGUCAAUGCCCAUCAGUGGCUGGACAUGCCCGACAAAUGGAAUAAGAUCAAACUGGUGGUUUCGCGGGAGGAGGUGGAGCAGGCGUACCAGGAAGCCAUGUUCAAUAUGGCCACGCUCAACCGGACUGCCGCAGCCCUGAUGCACACGUUCAAUGCCCAUGCCGCCACCGAUAUCACGGGUUUCGGCAUCCUGGGUCACGCCCGCAAUCUGGCCCAGCAGCAGCGCAGCGAUGUUGCUUUCGUCAUCCACAACCUGCCCAUCAUCGCCAAGAUGGCCGCCAUCAGCAAGGCCUGUGGCAACCGCUUCGGCCUGCUGCAGGGCACCUCAUCCGAGACAUCAGGGGGCCUCCUGAUCUGCCUGCCCCGCGAACAGGCGGCCCGCUUCUGUGCCGAGAUGAAGUCGUGCCGCCAUGGGCCGGGUGGCCCACUGGGCCAGGAGGGGGCGGCGGAAGGCCAGCAGGCCUGGAUCAUUGGCAUUGUGGAGAAGGGCAACCGCUGCGCCCGCAUCAUUGACAAGCCCCGCAUCAUCGAGGUGCCACCCCGGGGCUCCAUCGGGGGUUCUCAAGAGGGCGGCAGCAACAACACCAACACCCCCAGUCCCAGCGACAUUCAAAGCACCGUGGUGAAUUGAGGCCCGGUGGCGGAUCAUGUCCCCAAACCCUCUAGCUGUCUGUCCUCCUUCUGGCUCCUCCUCCUCUUUCUCUCCCUCUGCUUCUCAUCAUCUGAAUCGCGUUGUCGCUUGGGUAGGUCCUGCUCUGCCCCCGUUCUGUACCGGAGCUGUGUAAAAGCAAGCAGGUGUACAAGCUGUGCUGUCUGAGCUGAAUUUGUGACUCUGAAGGGUCUUUCCUUUCUCCUUUUCUUAGCGAGACAUCCCCAUGUCAGUCUUCCUGAUUCUUCAGGGUCUUAUUUCUCCCGCUGUCCAUCACCUCUCCCUGGUCAGCCACUGGGCUGAGAGCGACAGACCAAAAACAAGCCUCUUUCUCUGGUGGGAGAAGAGAUGAACAGCACACCGUCUCAUGUUCCUGUCCUUCUUCACUACUCCUUUCCAUUCCAGUCUAUCCCAUCCCCCUUUCAUCCCAUCGCCAUGCCCAGAUGGCACUGAAACCUGUGACGUUGUGGCCGUGAGCUAUAGAGUAAGCAUCUCCUGCAGUUACCUCCACUAUGGCCGGUCCGGUAGAUGUCCCACCUUUGGGCCUGUAUGACUGGAAGAGAUGUGCCAAGGUUUGAGCCCGAAUGGCUCCAUUGUUUUUUGCUUGUUAACUGCUUACCUGAAAUCAUCACACGAUAUCCAAGGCGCCGUUAUAGGUGAGGUCAUGUCAUCAAACCAAACAGUACAGUAGGUCUUUUUUCCGGUUCCUUCUGGGACCGAUUGUUUAAACAGUUGCCUGUUCUAUGACCAUCUUUGGAGUGACUCCAAAACAUAUACAGCAGAGUUGACUUGUUUGUCAGAAGCUUGAAUUCUACACCUCGCCGACUGUCUCAUGACGAUGGAAUAGCAAGAUUAGAUUUGAUAGUAGCUUGUCGCUUUAAGUUGCUUUAAUGCAAAUCCCCCUGCCUUUGGAUAUCAGCUUUGAUCUGUUUUUUGUUUUAAUAUAGAAAAUGUUCUGUAGCCUCAGCAUGAAAUUAUCAUUCCACAAUCACUAGCAUUGCAGCAUUCACUAGUCUUGAUCCUAUUGUUGUACAGCAAAGGUGGGUGGGUAGGAUUUACAAUUGGAGAACGUUGCCAGAACACACAGUAUGUGACAGGAAGAUGAAAAGUCAGAUAAUUCCCUCCAAAUAACUGAAGUCCUCAUGCUUUAAGGGCGGUUAAUGAACCUCUGCUCAGCUUUGAGCUGAUAUGAAGUCUGCUUCCUGGCUCUCCUGGAGGCCUGGCCCGUGUGUCUGUCCCGAAAGAUGGGGGUUUUGAGUAAAGGUUUUCUGAUGCCCCACUGCAACAGUGCCUAUGAAUGAGCGAAAUGAAGUGUGCAUAUCUUUUUUUUUGGGGGGGGGGGGGGGGCAUUGGUGUCUUGUGUGUGUCAACAUUUCUUGGGAGGGGAGGUGUUGGGUAUAUUCUUUUUCCUAUGAAAGACCAGGUGGUUUAUUGAAUGUCUACAAGUUAAAUGGGGAAUCCAUGAAACAUCCUGUAAGUUUCCACGUAUGGGGAAAUGCGUUUGUGUUGAUUUAUCUGAUUAAGCAGAGGGGGCUAUUUAAAAAUCAAAAAUGUAAAUAGAACUGGGUCCCCCCCAUUUCUCCAUAGUUUUGGUCUCUUUGCUCUGUGAUAUGGUGUGAGCCCCCAACUUCUUACUUUGGGUUGGAGCGAGGCUUGAGCAGCUCUCUCUGAACCAAUGGCAGAAGUUGGAGCUCUGGUUGUGCGACCUGAUUGGUCAAAACGGCACAGAAAGCUGCUUUCAUCUUAUUAUGAUGCUCGUCCUCUAAACCCCAGCCCAUGGGGAUGGAUGGAGUUGAUGACCUUACAAAGAAGAGGGUGGGCCCUGUGCUGUCCAGUCCAAUCAGCUAGUUACUUCUGAGUGAAUGUGGAUUUUUAUAAAUUCACUUGUCAUUGCUUUCAAUAAAACCAAGGAUGUAGUUUCA